AGGAAGAAGUAGUUCCGGGGAAGCGCGCUCCAUUCUUCAGAUAAAGGAAGCGCUAGAACUGUGCUGUGAAGACGAUAACCAUUGGGUCCAUUAUUACAGGCUGACAGAUUAAGUCUGAGGCCGGUAACAUCAACAGUGAGGACAAACCCAGCCUGCCACUCUCCUUCCACACUGAGUCCAAACCUACAGUCACUGGGUCCUGAUUGUGACAGUGGAGCCCAGUUUGCUCUGCAGGAUCCAGAGAUGGCAUCAGUGAAGCUGGAAGACUGCAGUCAAACACUGGAGCUGAAUGUCAACAUUAAAGAUGAAGAGGAGGAGAAAUCUGUUUCACUUAGACAACUGGAAUUAAGUCUGAGGCCGGUAACAUCCACAGUGAGGACAAACGCAGGCCUCCUCUCUCCUUCCACACUGAGUCCAAACCUACAUUCACUGGGUCCUGAUUGUGACACUGGAGACCAGUUUGCACUGCAGAAUCCAGAGAUGGCAUCAGUGAAGCUGGAAGACUGCAGUCAAACACUGGAGCUGAAUGUCAACAUUAAAGAUGAAGAAGAUAAGAUUGUGAAAUCUCUUUCUCAUGGAGACCAUGUUGAAACAUUAUCGACAUCCAGAGAACAACAGCAGGAAGAUCACAGAGCUAAGAGGUCUCAUCAUUGUCCACAUUGUGAGGAGAAUUUUUCAAUUCUAUCAAAGCUAAAAUUACAUGUAAAAAUACACACAGGAGAGAAUCUGUUUUCCUGUACUGACUGUGGGAAGAAUUUCACAACAUCAAAGGCUCUGACAGUUCAUCAGAGAGUGCACAGAGGAGAGAAGCCUUAUUCCUGCUCUGACUGUGGGGCGAGUUUCUCUCAACUGGGCACCUUAAAAAGACAUGAACGUAUACACACAGGAGAGAAGCCUUACUCCUGCUUUGACUGUAGGGCGAGUUUCUCUCAACUGGGCGACUUAAAAACACAUGAACGUAUACAUACAGGAGAGAAGCCUUACUCCUGCUCUGACUGUGAAAAAUGCUUCAAAAGAUCAACUGCUCUAAAAGUUCACCAAAGAAAUCACACAGGAGAAAAGCCUUACUCCUGCUCUGACUGUGGAAAGAGUUUCUCUCAACUGGGCGACUUAAAAACACAUGAACGUGUACAUACAGGAGAGAAGCCUUACUCCUGCUCUGACUGUGAAAAAUGCUUCAAAACAUCAACUGAGCAAAAAGUUCACCAGAGAACACACACAGGUGAGAAGCCUUACUCCUGCUCUGAUUGCGGAAAGAGCUUCUCUCAACUGGGGGACUUAAAAACACAUGAACGUAUACAUACAGGAGUGAAGCCUUAUUACUGCUCUGACUGUGGAAAGAGUUUCUCUCAACUGGGCCACUUAAAAACACAUGAACGUAUACAUACAGGAGUGAAGCCUUAUUCCUGCUCUGACUGUGGAAAGAGUUUCUCUCAACUGGACAACUUAAAAAGACAUGAACGUGUACAUACAGGAGUGAAGCCCUACUCCUGCUCUGACUGUGGAAAGAGUUUCUCUAAACUGGACAACUUAAAAAGACAUGAACGUAUACAUACAGGAGUGAAGCCUUAAUCCUGCUCUGAUUGUGUAAAAUGCUUCACAACAUCAACUGAGCAAAAAGUUUCACCAGAGAACACACACAGGUGAGAAGCCUUACUCCUGCUCUGAUUGCGGAAAGAGCUUCUCUCAACUGGGGGACUUAAAAACACAUGAACGUAUACAUACAGGAGUGAAGCCUUAUUACUGCUCUGACUGUGGAAAGAGUUUCUCUCAACUGGACAACUUAAAAAGACAUGAACGUGUACAUACAGGAGUGAAGCCCUACUCCUGCUCUGACUGUGGAAAGAGUUUCUCUAAACUGGACAACUUAAAAAGACAUGAACGUAUACACACAGGAGAGAAGCCUUAAUCCUGCUCUUAAUGCGGUAAGAGUUUCUCCCGAUUGGGCAAUGUAAAGACACCACCGGAUACACACUUGACUGAAGCCUUAUCAAAGCACUGACUGUGAGAAGAGAUUCUACAGGCCAUUUAAAAAGACACCAAUGUACACAUAAAGGAGAGAAGCCUCAUCAGUUUUCUCAGACCAGCUAAGAUUAGACACUCCACUUCAUUCUCAUGUCAUUAAAUAAUUGGCAACAUUGAAUUGGAUCAAAUGAAGCGUAGAACACUCUAUUGUAAAAAAAAAACAUUAAGGACACCUGCUCUUUCCAUGACAGACUGACCAGGUGAACCCAGGUGGGCUAAGGAAUGAAAACACUGGAUACUGAAAAUUGUAAAACUGUUGCCUGGUCUGAUGAAUCCCUGUUCCUGCUGUUUCAUGCUGAUGGGAGGACUGGGGGAGGAAACCACAAGGACAUACAUCCAGUGGUGGAAAAAGUACCUAACUGUCAGACUGAGUGAAAGUAAUGAAACCUUAAUAGAAAAUGACACAAGUAAAAGUGAGUUACUCAGUAAAAUACUACUUGAGUAAAAGUCUAAAAGUAUUUGGUUGUAAAUAUACUUAAGAAUCAAAAGUAAAAGUGUGAAUCAUUUCAAA